CAGCUCUGUUUAACUAGUCUGUGGGGUACAGUCUCUGAAUAAGGAAGAGGGUACAGUGAACGAAACCUAGUCAAGUUUUUACAUUUCAGGCGGCAUUUAUCUCUUAACAUUAUAACUGUAUUCUAUACUUAUCUAUUGUUGUUUUGUCUCAGUGUUGCGCAAUUACCUAUUCGUUGGUAAGGCAAUGUGAGUUAUGCGUUUUCCAUUCAGGCCUUACGUAGUGUGCAGACUUUUGCAGUCAAAGAAUAAUAUCCAGUUUAGGCACCCAUUCACAACAGUUUUCUUGGAUCCAUGCCAAAAAAUAGACGAACAUUUAAGCAAUACAUUUAUUCAUACAGCGCUGGUCUGGAGAGCGAUGGAGGACAAAGAGUCACUGAAGAAGCGUUUGACACCUAUCCAGUAUCAUGUUACUCAAGAAGCUGGGACAGAGAGGCCCUUUACAGGGUGCUACAACAAAUUUUAUGAUGAGGGUGUCUAUGUUUGCAUAGUUUGCAAACAAGAGCUGUUUAGCUCCAAUACUAAAUUUGAUGCUGGUUGUGGCUGGCCUGCAUUCAAUGAUGUUCUUGCCAAGGAAAAGGUUACCCUACACCAAGACACAAGUGCAGUUGGAGCAAAUAUAUUACUGGUUUUAACACGGCCAGGUUUGGUGCGAACUGAGGUGCGAUGCUCCAAGUGCUCCGCCCAUCUGGGACAUGUGUUUGACGAUGGGCCUGCACCCACCAAGAAACGUUUUUGUAUUAAUUCGGCAUCAAUGGACUUCAUACCGGCUGAAGAACGUAAAGACUAAACAUGUGGAUUGUUUACUCGAAAUAUAGUUAUAAAGAGCAAUUAUUUAUAUAUUGAUAUAUAUAUAGUAUCUUAAAGUACCUACUACAAAGUGCGCUUUUAAACCUAUAAAUUAAUGGUUACGGGUGACUGCAAAAUAAGAAAAGUUUUAUAUUUUCAUAACUAAUUUAUUAGUUGCUAUGUUUAUGCUAUUUUAACAGUAAAUUACAAGUUAUUGUAAUUAAGUAUUAAGUGCUAUCCAAUUUCAGUGUUCGCCUGUUUUUUUGGUUGUAAAUUGUUUUAGUUCUUUGACUGUAAAUAUUUUUUUUGUCAUUAUAUCAGAAGUUAAUGUGAAUGAACCAUGUUAAAUCUGAUACGAGCAUAAUAUUAUUUAUAAAAAAGUUAAUAUAUUUUUCGAAUGGUUGAAUACAAAAACCUUUGCAUUGUAAUAAUUUAUAUGUUCGAGUAGUAUACCUAUAUGUUAACGUACUAUGUAGCACCGGCACUAGGUCUUGAAAAAGGUAGACCGAGAUUGUUUCAAAGUACGACAUUUCACGUAAAUUUUAUUUUUGGCAUUUAACUUCCGCCUCCUUUCGCCAUGUACGAUGUAGCUCAGUGUGACCGCUCUUUUCGUUCUAGCACAGGACAGGCGCCGGUACUAUGUACUGAGGCCGCAGUAUGAACUUGCAACGCCAGGCAAAACCAGCGGUUGAAGCGGGACGCCACUCUACUGUGCAUAUAUGAUAAUGUCUCGCUCUAACAACAGAACUUGACUGGCGAUAUGAGUUCAUAAAACCGCCUCUGUACUGAAUGCAUCACGUGUUAUUGUUAAACAUGCUGGAUUGUAACUAUUAGAAAGUUAGACAUUUAGACGUGCUGUGUUAAAAUUAUGUUUGAUUGUAUUCAACUCAUGCCUUAACUUUUGUGUUAAUAAGGGUUAUCUACUAAGCGUAGAGCCGCUACAACAAUAUUUGGAUCGCUUUAAGAAUUCAAUAGCACGGCCCCUGUUACUUAGUACAUUAAGAAGCGAAAUCGUUACCAUUAGAAUUUUAUUUUGCUUUUAAAUGCAAUCCUCUGUUUUGGAGUGGAUGUAAAUUAAUAUAAGCAAUAAAUAUAUUUAUUUA